CACUCCUUUCCCUCCUGCCUCCCUCCCUUUCCCAGAUCCGACCAACUCCCCUUCCCACCGUCAGCCUGCCUCUCCCCGAACUCGCCGGGAACCCUAACCCCAACCUCCGCCAGCCGUCCUUGCUUCCGGCAGAGAAGGAGGCUUCGGCGCUGGCGGAAAUGGAGGCGGCGCUGGAGGCGGCGCGCUCCAAGGACACCAAGGAGCGCCUGGCCGGGGUGGAGCGCCUGCACGAGGCCCUGGAGGCCGCGGCGCGCCGCGGGCUCACCGCGGCCGAGGUCACGGCGCUCGUCGACACCUGCAUGGAUCUCACCAGGGACGCCAACUUCCGGGUCGCGCAGGGCGGCCUGCACGCGCUCUCCGCCGCCGCCGUGCUCGCCGGCGACCACUUCAAGAUCCACCUCAAUGCCCUCGUGCCCGCCGCCGUCGAGCGACUCGGCGACGGCAAGCAGCCCGUCCGUGACGCCUCCCGCCAGCUCCUCGUCACGCUCAUGGAGGUUUCUUCUCCAACAAUCAUUGUUGAAAGAGCUGGAAGUUAUGCUUGGACUCACAAGAACUGGAGGGUGCGAGAAGAGUUUGUGCGCACUCUUGCAACGGCAGUUGGGCUUUUUGCUUCUACAGAGCUCCUUCUACAGCGAGUGUUUCUUUCACCUGUCCUGCAAUUGUUGAAUGAUUUGAAUCAAAGUGUUAGAGAGGCUGCAAUCUCCUGUAUUCAGGAGAUGUACAAAAAUAUGGGAUCUCAGUUCCAUGAAGAGUUGCAGCGCCAUAAUCUGCCUUCUUAUAUGCUAAAGGAAAUAAAUUCAAGAUUGGAUAAAAUAGAACCAAAGGUUCCCUCAUCUGAUGGUGCUAGAACGCAAUAUAGGGCCAUGGAAAGAUCUGUUAGUGCUCAUCCCAAAAGAGGUAGUCCAAGGAAAAAAAACACAUCAAGGGAAAGCACAUUAUUUGGAGGUGACACAGAUAUUACCGAAAAACCGGUGGAACCCAUAAGAGUUCAUUCAGAGAAAGAAUUAUUUAGAGAGAUUGAGAAGAUUGCAUCUGCCCUUAAUCCAGAAAAGGACUGGUCUAUACGUAUUGCUGCAAUGCAAAGGAUCGAAGCCUUGGUAUAUGGAGGCGCAAUUGAUUAUCCAUCAUUUUUCAUGCUCUUGAAGCAGCUAGUUCAUCCAUUGUCCUCUCAGCUAGCCGAUCGACGGUCUAGCAUUGUAAAGCAGGCAUGUCAUCUACUUAAUGUACUAUCGAAGGAACUCCUCAGCGACUUUGAAGCAUGUGCUGAAAUAUUUAUUCCGGCACUUUUUAAGCUUGUUGUCAUAACUGUGCUUGUGAUUGCCGAAUCUUCAGACAACUGUGUAAAAACUAUCCUGCGGAACUGCAAGGUUUCACGUAUUGUUCCACUUAUAGCUGACACAGCAAAAAAUGACCGCAGUGCAAUUCUCCGUGCCAGGUGUUGUGAGUAUGCACUUCUAAUAUUGGAAUAUUGGGCCGAUGCUCCAGAAAUACAACGCUCAGCUGAUUUAUACGAAGAUCUAAUAAAGUGCUGUGUGGCAGAUGCAAUGAGCGAGGUUCGUGCAACUGCAAGAAGUUGCUAUAGGAUGUUCAUAAAGACAUGGCCUGAGCGUUCACGUCGGCUUUUUAUGUCAUUUGAUCCUGCAAUACAGAGGAUUAUUAAUGAUGAAGAUGGGGGCAUGCACAAGCGAUAUCCUUCAUCGUUGCAUGAGAAGGGUGCUCAACUUUCUCGUUCCUCAUCUCAUGCAAGUGGUACACAUUUGACCGGAUACGGCACUUCAUCUAUUGUUGCAAUGGACAAGGGUGCAGCAAUUUCUUCCGAAUCAUCUCUCUCGUCAAGCAUGCUCCUGUCGCAGUCGAAGGCAACUGGUAGACAUGCUGAAAGAAGCAUAGAGAGUGUGCUUAGUUCAAGCAAACAAAAGGUUUCAGCCAUUGAGAGUUUAUUGAAAGGUGUAGGCAUCUCAGGCAGGCAAAAUUUCUCAGCUGUGCGCUCAACAAGCUUGGAUCUUGGAGUUGAUCCUCCAUCCUCUCGUGAUCCUCAUAUACCGCUUGCUGCGCCUGCUUCGGAUCACCUUUCUUUGCAGAGUUCUGCAUUGUUGGACUCAUCCCUCCCUAGCAUAAGUAUCAGAAGAAAUGGUGGUUCACGUUUGGUAGAUGCCAUGCCUCAGGUAGACACCAAAGAGCGAUCGAGGUCACCAUAUUCGCGUAAUCUAUCAUCUGAACCCAUGUCGGAUUUGUCAGUGCCUUAUUUAAGAAGAUCUUCAGGGAGAUCUCAAGAUGAUAGCAUUAUGGAUGAGAGUAAUGAUACAUGGCCAAGGCCUAACAGGCGAUCGCCACAGAUGCAUACGGACAAGCACUUCACUGAUAUGGCUUAUAGGGAUGCCAGUUACAGAAAUUCGCAAAACAACCAUGUUCCACACUUCCAAAGGCCGCUUAGGAAGCAAGUGGCAUCAAGGGUUUCUGUGGGUGUCAGACACAGUUUUGAUGAUGGCCAUGUCCCAUCGAAUGAGAUGUCUGGAUAUACAGAUGGCCCAGCAUCACUAAAUGAAGCCCUCUCUGAGGGUCUUAGUCCAAGUUCAGACUGGGUAGCAAGAGUUGCAGCUUUUAAUUUUGUUCAGACAUUAUUGCAACUAGGACAGAAAGGCAUUCAAGAAAUUACUCAGAACUUUGAAAAGGUCAUGAAGCUAUUUUUUCGUUAUUUGGAUGAUCCUCAUCAUAAAGUUGCACAGGCAGCUUUCUCCACACUUGCAGAUAUUAUUCCAGCAUGCAAGAAGCCAUUUGAGAGCUAUGUUGAAAGAAUUUUACCAUAUGUCUUUUCAAGACUUAUUGAUCCAAAGGAGUUGGUUUCUAAGCCAUGUUCAUCAACCUUGGAAGUUGUUGGCCGAACAUAUGCUGUUGACACAUUGUUACCUGCAAUAGUACGUUCACUGGAUGAACAAAGGUCUCCAAAGGCCAAACUGGCUGUUCUUGAGUUCGCUAAUAAGUCAUUCAGCAAGUACAAGGUAGACUCUGAAGGUUACAGUAACAGCGGCUUUCUUAAGCUCUGGCUUUCGAAACUAGCACCUUUAAUGCAUGAAAAGAAUGCAAAGUUAAAGGAAACGUCCAUUAAAGGAAUCAUAUCAGUUUAUUCUCAUUUUGAUUCAAUAGCAGUCCUAAACUUUAUUCUUAAUUUGUCAAUUGAAGAACAAAACCUUGUGAGGCGCUCGCUCAAGCAAUAUACUCCUCGUAUUGAGGUCGAUCUGGUAAACUACUUGCAGAGCAAGAAAGAGCGUUCACGUCCCAAGUCUUAUGAAUAUGAACAGAUUGAUUUUGGAACUUCUGAAGAUGGUUAUAAUCCGACAUCAAGGAAUAGCUAUCCAUUUGGAAGGGUCUCUGCUAGUUCCUUUGACAAUGAAUCUGGGAAGAGGAUGCAUACAGUUCAAGAAUCCACAUUUCUUACUGGUCGAACAACCUCUGAUGCCCUCACUGAUCAUGCCAAUCAAUGUUUUGAGCCUUCUUCUGAAGCUGAUAUUUUUACAGCAAGUCGGGAAUCAAAGAGCAAUGCUCGCUCAGUUGUAGAAGCUGCACGCUCGUGGGCAGAUUAUCCUGAAAAAUCAGAUGCCACCAUUGAUGAUGAAAAUUCUGUUGGCACCCCUCGCCUGGAUUUUGUCCGUCGUGUUUCUGAUGGACAUAAUAAUGCGGCUGUUACAACUGUCGGGAAAAAUAUACAGGACAUGGAUCAAUUUGUUGACCUUAGUUCUGUGAAGGUUGUCUCGCAUACAACUGACGGCCCCAGCGUACCACAACUUCUUCAUCGGAUAAUAAGUAAUGAUGGUGAAGUUUCAUCCCAAGACAAGCAGGACGCAUUGCAGCAGUUGCUGCAAGCAUCUGCGAACAAUGAUAACUCUAUAUGGACAAAGUAUUUCAAUCAGAUUUUAACAACUAUCCUUGAGGUAUGGGAUGACUCUGAUUCUUCUGUCAGGGAGCUUUCUCUAUCGCUAGUUGCUGAGAUGCUCCGCAAUCAGAAAGAUCAAAUGGAAGAAUCCAUAGAGAUUAUCCUUGAAAAGCUGGUGCAGAUGACCAAAGAUGUUGUGGCAAAGAUUUCAAAUGAAGCAAACCAGUGCUUAAAUGUCGUGUUGGCAAAAUAUGAUCCAUUUAGAUGCCUUGCUGUUAUUGUGCCCUUGCUAGUUACUGAUGAUGAGAAGACACUUGUCAUGUGUAUCAACUGUUUGACAAAGCUUGUUGGGCGGCUUUCACAAGAGGAAUUGGUGGCUCAACUCCCUUCAUUUUUACCAGCACUUUUUGAUGCUUUCAAUAACCAGAGUCCAGAUAUUCGCAAGAUAUUUCAGUGCCAGGUCGUGUGGUUUUCAGCUUUAGCGCAUCCUCUGUUUCAAAUUUCUAGCAGACUGUUGUAUUCUGCUUGGUGGAUAUCUACAUCAUGCUAGGGAAAGCAUUUGUACCAUACCUGGAGGGGCUUAGUAGCACACAGCUGCGGCUAGUAACAAUCUACGCAAAUCGGAUAUCGCAGGCAAGGUCUGGUGCACCUAUCGAUGCUAACCAAUGAGUAGUAUCAUACUUGUGUACCACAUGGACAUUUGUUUGGAUGGGUUGGAAUUAUGGGUUUCAUUCAUUUGUGCAUUUGUAUAGAAACAGACAGGUGGUGCUCAUGUAUUCUUUUGCGUGGUAUGUGUUAUUUGUCUUCUUUAUUUUCCUGUCAUGUGUCACAUUUGACCAUUCACAUUGUACAAAGAGACAGGAAAAGCUUCACGGUGCUUGUUCGUCUCCCAUUUUCCUGUAGGUUGUCAGAGGACAGAUCUGUUGAGAGAUAGUAGGUUGUGAAUAUUUACGGGACGAUUUAGUGCAGACGAUGUUUUAUUAGAUGUUCAGAAUCUUC